UUUGAUUUUGUUGUUGUUGGUAAUUUCGUUUUUAGCUAGGAGAUAAACAGAUAGCUAGCUGUAAUGAAACGCCAUAUCUUUACUAACAGGUAGGCUGUUAAAAUCAAGACUCACAACUAUCGACAUAGCAUUGUGCUUUAGGGGUUAAUAUACACCUGUCGUUCCCAACUCUUGUUGUUGGGAGAUGGCACUAAGCGCGGGCGGUUGGGCUCAAACGCCUGUGCCAGCCCCAUUCCAGUCUGUACAUGGUGGGCCCGCACUGGCUAGCUGCAACACCGUCUUGAUGUCGGUACGAGUGUCGGUUUGCCAUUCUGGAAUUCGACCGCUUUGCCUCCCCGGAGCUGGCGAUGAGGCUCUCCGUCUUCAGCUUAGCAUGGACCCCAGCAAGGCUGGAGAGUUUCGGCUAGCACUGAGGGACAGUAGCGGAAGCGGCCGUAGUGUGGUAAGUGACACUGCACUGUAACGUCUAGCUACCUAGUUAGGUAUCUUGACACAUGUCAUGCAUGCGUUGACAUAAUAAAUUGCAAACACAACAUUGGUCUGUUGGUUUGAGCAAUGUCCGUUUACAGAAAAUACUUUUUGUCAUAGCUACUGAAUUGGAAUCUUGUUUAAUCAAAUGAUACAGUAAUUCCAUUGCUGGGAAACGAUGUCGUGUGAUGUUUACAAAUAUCUGUCCUUGUGUUUAUCUAAACAAGGGAAGAAUCAUUCUAAAUAGGAGACCAAAUGUUCUUUAUGGCACAUUAUUCCAGCUAAACAUCAAAGUGAGCACAUUGGCACAGGGGUUCCAGUUUGUCCCUCAAUAAGUAGGUCAAGUAAGUCCAUAUCUAUCAAGUCCACAAAGAUAAGAGAUCUAAGUGAGAUAUUUCUCUCUCUCUCUCUAUAUAUAUAUUUAUUAAUUUUUUCUUCUCUCAGUUCAUUGCAGAGUUUGACUUGCGCUCUGUGCAGUAUGAGGUGAAGUCUCCACACCUUCACGAGAUUCGUCUGGCAACGCCCCCUCAUGACUGCAUCCGCUUCAACUUCCGCUGCGACCUGGAGGCUGAGCAGUGGGCCACCGUGGUGAUGUCAUCACUAAGAGAGGCACACAGAGGUCAGAGGGCAUGGCAGUCUUUCUCUCUGUUCUAGUUUCCUUGUUUAGCUGCAUUCCUGUCUUGUGUCUUAGAAGAGUGUCCUCCUAGAACCCAAAACUAUGGCUAAUACAAUAGAAUGCUCUCUCACAAUUGACCAUUCUUUCUCUCUCACUGUAGUUGCUGCAAAUAGUUCCCCACAUCCUCUGGAUGACCGACUACAGCAUACAGCAGCAGUAGCUCUAGAACAGCGCCGGACAGCCUCCUUACCACUCACUGGUGAGCGCACAAAUGCUUCCUCCACUCUCUUUCUACCAUACUUGCAUGGCAACAUACAGUACAUUAUACAUUUUUCUAUAAUAUUAGUAAUUUAACCUGUUUUCUCUCUGAAGAGGAGCUGUGCCUGGAGCUUGCCCGGGCGAUCGAAGCAGGCGAGAGCCAGGCUGCUGCUCAGCAUGCGUCUGCUCUGGCUCACCAGAAGGCGGCACUCACUAUCCAACUGUCUGAAAAGAGUUACGCAGAAGGAGAGAUACGGUGAGAAGAAGUAACAGGCAGUAGAUUUAGGUUUAGGGGGGAAUUAAGUUAAGUUGUCCAACAGAACAAGGAGCAUUUGUGUUAACGGUGCCAUUUCUGUAUUGCAGUUUGUCUGUGGCAGUGGAGGACAUUUCCUCUUCAUGUUGCGUCACAGUGAAAGUCUUCCCACACAUGACCGUCGCAGCACUCAAGCAGCAGGUCAGAUCAAAACUUCUGUGGUCUUCUGUUUGCUUGAGUACUUGGGCUACAUAGGCAAAUGUAAAUGUUCACAAAUCUCUCUCCUCUAAUGUCUGUGCGUUUCUCUCUCUAUCAGGUGUUUCUGGAGUAUGGCUUCCACCCUUGCGUGCAGCGCUGGGUGAUAGGGCAGUGUUUGUGCACAGAGCCCAGGUCCCUGGCCUCGUAUGGGGUCCAGAGGGAUGGGGACAUGGCCUACCUCUACCUGGUCUCAGCCCGCCAUGCCCGCCUCACCCGCCAACUGUUCCAGCAGGACCAGGAGGGCGCCCUACUCACCCCACCUCCACCUACCAGCAACAGGCCUGCGUCCCAGGACUGGAGGGGCUACAGCACCCUGCCUUCCAGGCUCAGCCACCACUCCCAGGGUAAGUUUACCUAUUGGCAUGCACUUACACGCACACACAAACAUAGACCGACAGACGCACGCACACAGCAGUGCACAUACUAAUAGCCGCGGGAAGUCAAUUGAAAUAAUUUUGCCAAAAUUAGGCUAUACAAAAUUGUUUUGCCCCAACAUUAUAUUACUCUUGUCUGAACAAAAUAAUUCAAAAUACUAUACCAGAGAGCAUAAUUUAGCUACAGAAGAUAAAUCGGUUUUAAAAAAAUAGCAGUGAAUUAAGUUAUCACACGCACCAAAUAUAGGCUACAGCUUGUUGCGUUGUGGCCAUAGAUAUAAUCCAUAGAAGGAUUUAGGAACCUCUAACCCUGGCACAUUGACUGUUAAACUCAUGGGUACACUAGCAAUAGCUGCCAGUCCUGAUUUUUAAAUGGGACCUGCCAUCUAUGGAUUAUAUUUAUAUGGUUGGCUGACAGUUUGCCUUUCCAAUGCUUUCCACAGUUGUGUCAAGUUGGCUGGGUGGUGGACCAUUCUUGAUACACACAGGAAACUGUUCAGCAUGAAAAACCCAGCGUUGCAGUUCUUGACACAAACCGGUGUGCCUGGCACCUACUACCAUACCCUGGUCAAAGGCACUUAAAUAUUUUGUCUUGGCCAUCCACCCUCCGAAUGGCACACAUACACAACCUGUCUCAAGGCUUAAAAAUCCUCCCCAUCAUCUACACUGAUUGAAGUGGAUUUAACAAUUGACAUCAAUAAGGGGUCAUAGCUUUCACCUGGAUUCAUGUCGUCAGUCAUGGAAAGAGUGGGUGUUCUUAAUGUUUUGUACACUCAGUGUAUGUACUAUAUAUAUCACGGUUUCCGUUAGGUAAUAUUAACAUUUCAGACAUUGGAGAAAUGUACCAGUCAUCCAUAUGCAUUGGGUGAGUAACCUAUUAAGGCGUCCACCCACGCAGCCAGUGUACAUCAAUAAAUGAGGGAUAUUGGCCAAAUGAGCCACAUUUACAUGUCCUUAAAAACAGCCUAUAACAAAUUACAAAAACACUAAUCCUUGUGUUUCGAUGUGUAGCAUAUGCAAAACUUUAUAGCCUAUUUUUGUAUUGGUUUUUACUUUCCUAAAACAAUAAUUGUCUACUUUAUGUUUCAGCUGUCAGAGAUUUGAGCACUAAAUGCAUUAGGGCAUUUUAUGCAUAGACUACUGGAUUAUACUAAUAUAAAAAAAAUACAAUACAUGACCAAAAGUAUGUGGACACCUGCUCGUCGAACAUCUCAUUCCAAAAUCAUGGGCAUUAAUAUGGAGCUAUAACAGCCUCCACUCUUCUUGUAAGGCUUUCCACUAGAUGUUGGAACAUUGCUGCGGGGACUUUCUUCCAUUCAGCCACAAGCAUUAGUGAGGUCGGGAAUGGGUCACCAGUCAUGGGUGAACAGGGAGUACAGGAGUCCUGGACUUCCUGACGGGCCGCCCCCAGGUGGUGAAGGAAGGAAACAACACCUCCACUUCACUGAUCCUCAACACAAAGGCCCCACAAGGGUGCGUGCUCAGCCCCCUCUUGUAAUUCCUGUUCACCCAUGACUGCGUGGCCACGCACGCCUCCAACUCAAUCAUCAAGUUUGCAGAUGACAACAGUAGUAGGCCUGAUUACCAACAAUGACGAGACAGCCUACAGGGAGAAGGUGAGGGCCAUGGCGGAGUGGUGCCAGGAAAAUAACCUCUCCCUCAACAAAACAAAGGAGCUGAUCGCGGACUUAAGGAAACAGCAGAGAGCGUGGAGAAGGUGAAAAGCUUCAAAUUCACAUCACUGACAAUCUCUAAUGGUCCACCCACACAGUCAGUGUGGUGAAGAAGGCGCAACAGCGCCUCUUCAAACUCAGGAGGCUGAAGAAAUUUGGCUUGGCCCCUAAGACCGUCACAAACUUUUACAUAUGCAUAAUUGAGAGCAUCAUGUCGGGCUGUACCACCGCCUGGUACGGCAACUGCACCACCCGCAACUGCAGGGCUCUCCAGGGGGUGGUGUGGUCUGCCCAACGCAUCACCGGGGGCACACUGCCUGCCCUCCAGGACACCUACAGCACCCGAUGUCACAGGAAGGCCAAAAAGAUAAUCAAGGACAUCAACCACCCGAGCCACGGCCUGUUCACCCCGCUACCAUCCAGAAGGCGAGGUCAGUACAGGUGCAUCAAAGCUGGGACCGAGAGACUGAAAAACAGCUUCUAUCUCAAGGCCAUCAGACUGUUAAAUAGCCAUCACUAGCCGGCUACCACCUGGUUACUCAACCCUGCACCUUAGAGGCUGCUGCCCUAUAUACAUAGACAUGGAAUCACUGGUCACUUUAAUAAUGGAUCACUAGUCACUUUAAUAAUAUUUACAUACUGCUUUACUCAUUUAAUAUGUAUAUACUGUAUUCUAUUCUACUGUAUUUUAGUCAAUUCCACUCCGACAUUGCUCGUCCUAAUAUUUAUAUAUUUCUUAAUUAUUUUACUUAUAGAUGGGUGUAUUGUUGUGAAUUGUUAGAUACUACUGCACUAUUGGAGCUAGGAACACAAGCAUUCCGCUACACCCGCUAAAGAUGUGUACGUGACCAAUACAAUUUUAUUUAAUGUUGGGCGAUUAGGCCUGGCUCACAGUUGGCGUUCCAAUUCAUCCCAAAGGUGUUCGAUGAGGUUGAGGUCAGUGCUCUGUGCAGGCCAGUGAAGUUCUUCCACACCGAUCUUGACAAACCAUUUCUGUGUGGACCUCGCUUUGUGCACGGGGGCAUUGUCAUGCUAAACAGGAAAGGGCCUUCCUCAAACUGUUGUCCAAAAGUUGGAAGCACAGAAUCGUCUAGAGUAGUGUUAAGAUUUCCCUUCACUGGAACUAAGGGGCCUAGCCCGAACGAUGAAAAACAGCCCCAAACCAUUUUUAGGUGGCAUUUUAUGACGGUACCACGUUGAAAGUCACUCUACUAGCCAUUCUACUGCUAAUAAUCAUCUAUGGAGAUUGCAUGGCUGUGUGCUCAAUUUUCUACACCUGUCAGCAACGGGUGUGGCUGAAAUAGCCAAAUCCACUAAUUUGAAGGGGUGUCCACAUACUUUUGUGUAUAUAUAGUGUAUAAUAGGCUAAUAGCCACACUACACCUUCAAACAUUUCUAAACUUUAUUAGGGUAAUAUCAAAAGCAAGGGAAAAUACGAGCAGGAUAUUAUAUUGUGGCACACACAUUACUGUUGGAGCUUAAUUUGGCUAAAGAAAUGGCUCAACAGAAUGAAACAAAACACUUGUGAACUGGUUUAAACCUUCACAAACAAGUUUUGAACAGGCUAGUGCCCACCUUACCCAACAAAUGACAGCAAUAGGCUAAUUAUAUUUAUUUAACAAAAGGCCUACUUAUAUCUUAAACUAAAUACAGAGCACACAAUUAAAAAGAUCUAACUCAAUUUAGCCAACGAAAAUGUCUCAACAGAAUGAAACAAAACACGUUUUGCAUAUUUAACCCUCGAGUCCAUUUCCGUGGCCCCGCAGAAAUCUAAUUGGCAUAAUGUAAAAAUCCCCAUUAAAAUCUGUCUGUUUAAGCUAGAGAUAUGUGUUUUGCAUGGGUCUAAAUCCACUGCAUCCACCGAUAUCGACCUUCCACAUCUGCGGUGAAAGGUGGCAGAGCUACAGCAGUGUUUGUUAGACCAUGAGACAUCCCGAAAAUCAGUCUUCUCACGAAGAAACAUCUCUAGCGUUUGAACGGUUUGGCCUAGAAACUAUGAGAGUUGAGACUCACGAACACGUCGGUGGUUUUGCUCUACUACCCCCACAAGUGUCACGGGACUCGUCUGAAGUCGGUACCGCCGAUCUGCCAGUAGCGUCCGAACGGUUUGGGCUACACACUAAUAUGACCCCUCUAUGGAAAAGUGAGUCUCUCAUGAACACAUACGUCGGUUGUUUUGCUCUAGUAUGCCCACAAGCCUCACCUGAAGGUAGCCUGGUGCCAGUUUAAAAAAUGAAUGGAAGUAUACAGUGCAUUCGGAAAGUAUUCAAACCUUGACUUUUUCCACAUUUUGUUACAAAAUGGAUUUUAAAAAAAGAACAUCUCAUUAAUCUACACCACAAUACCCGAUAAUGACAAAGCGAAAACUGGUUUUUAGAAAUGUUAGCAGAUUUAUUAAAAAUAAAAAACAAAUACCUUAUGUAAAUAAGUAUUCAAACCCUUUGCUAUGAGACUCGAAAUUCAAUUGAUUGGACAUGAUUUGGAAAGGCACACAUCUGUCUCUAUAAGGUCCCACAGUGCAUGUCGGAGCAAAAACCAAGCCGUGAGGUCGAAGGAAUUGUCCGUAGAGCUCCGAGACAGGAUUGUGUCGAGGCACAGAUCUGGGGACGGGUAACCAAAACAUUUCUGCAGCAUGAAGGUCCCCAAGAACACAGUGGCCUCCGUCAUUCUUAAAUGGAAGAAGUUUGGAACCACCAAGACUCUUCCUUGAGCUGGCCGCCCGACCAAACUGAACAAUCGGGGGAGAAGGGCCUUGGUCAGGGAGAUGACCAAGAAUCCGAUGGUCUCUCUGACAGAGCUCCAGAGUUUGUCUUUGGAGAUGGUUGUCCUUCUGGAAGGUUCUCCCAUCUCUUUAGCAUUCCAUCAAUCAGGCCUUUAUGGUAGUGGCCAGACCGAAGCCACUCCUCAGUAAAAGGUACAUGACAGCCCGCUUGGAGUUUGCCAAAAGGCACCUAAAGACUCUCAGACCAUGAGAAACAAGAUUCUCUGGUCUGAUGAAACAAAGAUUAAACUCUUUGGCCUGAAUGCCAAGCGUCACGUCUGGAGGAAACCUGGCACUACCCCUACGGUGAAGCAUGGUGGUGGCAGAAUCAUGCUGUGGGGAUGUUUGUCAGCGGCAGGGACUGGGAGACUAGUCAGGAUCGAGGGAAAGAUGAACGGAGCAAAGUAUAGAGAGAUCCUUGAUGAAAACAUGCUCUACAGACUGGGGUGAAGGUUCACCUUCCAACAGGACAACGACGCUAAGCAAACAGCCAAGACAUCGCAGGAGUGCCUUUGGGACAAGUCUCUGAAUGUCCUUGAGUGGCCCAGCCAGAGCCCGGUCUUGAACCCGAUCGAACAUCUCUGGAGAGACCAGAAAAUAGCUGUGCAGCGACGCUUCCCAUCCAAGCUGACAGAGCUUGAGUGGAUCUGCAGAGAAGAAUGGGAGAAACUCCACAAAUACAGGUGUGCCAAGCUUGUAGCGUCAUACCCAAGAAGACUCGAGGCUGUAAUCGCUGUCAAAGGUGCUUCAACAAAGUACUGAGUAAAGGGUCUGAACACUUAUGUAAAUGUAAUAUUUACGUUUAUUUUAAGACCUGUUUUUGCUUUGUCAUUAUGGGUUAUUGUGUGUAGAUUGAUGAGGAAAAAAACCUAUUUAAUCCAUUUUAUAAUAAGGCUGUAAUGUAACAAAAUGUGGAAAAAGUCAAGGGGUCUGAAUACUUUCCGAAUGCACUGUAUAUGGAAGUACAACAAACAAAAAUAUAAACACAACAUGUAAAGUGUUGGUCCCAUGUUUCAUGAGCUGAAAUAAAAGAACACAGAUUUUCCAUAUGUACAAAGCUUAUUUCUCUCAAAUGUUGUGCACAAAUUUGUUUACAUCCCUGUUAGUGAGCAUUUCUCCUGUGCCAAGAUAAUUCAUCCACCUGACAGGUGUGGGAUAUCAAGAAGCUGAUUAAACAGCAUGAUCAUUACACAGGUGCACCUUGUGCUGGGGACAAUAAAAGCCACUCUAAAAUGUGCAGUUUUAUCACACAACACAAUUCCACAAUGUCUCAAGUUUUGAGGGAGUGUGCAAUUGGCAUCCUGGCUGCAGGAAUGUCCACCAGAGCUGUUGCCAGAGAAUUGAAUGUUCAUUUCUCUACCAUAAGCCGCCUCCAACGUUGUUUUAGAGAAUUUGGCAGUACAUCCAACUGGCCUCACAACCGUACGUCACGUGUAACCACGCCAGCCCAGGACCUCCACAUUCGGGUUCUUCACCUGCGGGAUGGUCUGAGACCAGCUACCUGGACAGCUGAUGAAACUGUGGGUUUGCACGACUGAAGAACUUCUGCACAAACUGUCAGAAACCGUCUCAGGGAAGCUCAUCUGUGUGCUCGUCGUCUUCACCAAGGUCUUGACCUGACUGCAGUUCGGCGUCGUAACCGACUUCAGUGGGCAAAUGCUCACCUUCGAUGGCCAUUGGCACGCUGGAGAAGUGUGCUCUUCACAGAUUAAUCCUGGGUUUCAACUGUACCGGGCAGUGGGCAGACAGCUUGUAUGGCGUUUUGUGGGCGAACAGAGUGCCCCAUGGUGGUGGUGUGGUUAUGGUAUGGGCAGGCAUAAGCUACAGACAACAAACAUAAUUGCAUUUUAUCGAUGGCAAUUUGAAUGCACAGAGAUGCCGUGUCGAGAUCCUGAGGCCCAUUGUCAUGCCAUUCAUCCGCCGCCAUCACCUCAUGUUUCAGUAUGAUAAUGCAUAGCCCCAUGUCGCAAGAAUCUGUACACAAUUCCUGGAAGCUGAAAAUGUCCCAGUUCUUCCAUGGCCUGCAUACUCACCAAACAUGUCACCCAUUGAGCAUGUUUGGGAUUCUCCGGAUCAACGUGUACAACAGCGUGUUCCAGUUCCCGCCAACAUCCUGCAACUUUGCACAGCCAUUGAAUAGUAGUGGGAUAACAUUCCACAGGCCACAAUCAACAGCCUGUUCAACUCUAUGCGAAGGCGAUGUCGCGCUGCAUGAGGCAAAUGGUGGUCACACCAGAUCCUGACUGGUUUUCUGAUCCACACCCCUACCUUUUUUUAAAGGUAUCUGUGACCAACAGAUGCAUAUCUGUAUUCCCAGUCAUGUGAAAUCCAUAGAUUAGGGCCUAAUUAAUUCAUUUCAAUUGACUGGUUCCCUUAUAUGAACUGUAACUAAGUAAAAUCUUUGAGAUUGUUGCAUUUAUACGUUUGUUCAGUGUAGUUUAGUGCCAAAAAAAAAAGGGGUUAAAUACUUGUCCAAUAAAAAUAAUAGUUUCCUGAUCUUAUAUCUCUGAUAUAGGACAGACACUUCAAAACAAACUUCCUUUAGAUUUUCUUUGGAACUGUUUUUCCAUGUAUGAAUCUGUUAUUCAAUGCAUUUCUAUGGGCAAAUAGCAGUAAGGCCAAAUUCAAUGUUUCAUCAAAUAAUUAAAAAAUAUUUUAUAUACCUAAAGGGGUCCUAAAAUUCUAAAUAAAAUAUCUAAAUGAUCCUUGGUAUGACCAACAAUUCCAUAUGUUAGCUUAGUAGAACCGUCCCCCAGGUUUAGACUCUAGAGCAGGGCUGAAGGCUGGUUUCUUUUUUGGUUUUCGCUCCAAUCCUAAUCUAGUGCACAUGAUUAUAAUAAUUAGCUGUCCGAUAAACUGAAUCAGGUUAGUUACAACUGGGGUUGAAAAGAAAAACCUACAGGAGGGUUGCUCUCCGAGAACAGGGUUGGAGAGCCCUGCCAUAGAGGGUUAAAGAACUGGUUUAGAUUUGAUAUGAAAGUAUAAAUAAAGUUCCAAAAUUGCAUCCUACCUGAAUAGCGAGUUGCACAGUAGGCUGCAUUUGGCUAUUUGUGUGGUAUUAAAAAAUGUUCUGCUAAUGUCUAUCAUGUAAAGGACGUAGAAUUGCAUGAAAUGCAUUUAUAAAAGGCCAAUAGUUUUUCAGACGCUGCAUGUGUGGAAAUCCUAAAAACGUGUCUGCUCAACUGUAUGUCACCAUGCAACUAUAGAUGCAUGUGAUGCUUUAUUAUAAAGGGGGUUGACCAAACUCAUUUUCCAUUGUUGUGAUUGGCUGUAGGGAGCACCGGAGGUGCGGCUGACAGGCUGGGUAUGAGCGAGAUCCAAGAGGCCCUCAACCUGGAGACUCUGCAGAUCAACAAUAAACCAGAUCAACCCUGCAAAGCCAGUAAAACACAGGUACAAACCCAAUGUUUUCAUAUUUAUGUGAUCGGCUCUUGGCUUCGAGCACCCUUUCAUUGUUUUACGCAAGAUGAUAGUUGAGGACAUACUUUCCCUGAUAGAAACCUUAUGUUCCAUAUAGCUAGUAUACUGAACAUCACUUCAAGUAAUACACUAACAGAAAGACUCACUCAUCCUCUCGCUCUCUCUAUCCGUCUGAUAUGCAGACAGAAUGGGCGUGUCCCUCCUGCACCUUUAUCAACAAGCCUUCCCGACCAGGCUGUGAGAUCUGCAGUACAGCCAGACCUGACUCGGGGGAGCACAGCCUCAUACAACAGGUACUGUAUCUAUGGCAUAGAGUAGACAGAACACAUCACCUACAUUCUAAACUACAGUAUUGUCUUUAUUCCGUCUGUGUUAAAGGAGAAAGGAAGAAGAGUGGAGCAGGGGGAGAUUGGUGCAUUGAUCAGUUGACUGCCUCGCAACCUAUACCAUAGCCUGGACGACUGAUCACACACACUUAUACAACUGACACACCAAUUUACUGCUUCUUAGGUGAAAACCCACUACUGACAUACUAUGACAAACCUCACAGCCUGACGGACACUAGAGGUAUAUGGACGCUGUAUUGACGCUGCAGCACAUAUGGAACUCCACUUGCAGUGGCUCACAAAAGGAACUACCUGUAUAGUCAUUGAGAGCUGGCUUUUGACUCUCCUCUGUGGACAUGAUGGCAGUCGGAAACCUCUGCCUUGUGGGGGGGAGGAGUGGAAUAGUUCUAUAUUUAUUCCAUAGGGG